AUUAGCGGUUGUAGCGGCUCCCUGCGCGAAGAGGUGUGUGCGCGGCUUUGCGUCCGUGUCCGCUAGUUGGGGGGUCGUGGACCAUUCAUUCAUUCGUCGACGAUGGAUCGAGCGAGGACUGUGGCCGCGUCAUUGACGCCGUUCGUGCGUGCCCUGCUGUCCGAGAGGUGCGGUGCCGCGCGUCUGGUGAGCACCGGCCACUUCGGCGUUCACCUGCUCAAGGUGCCCGCGCGGGGCUAUGUGACCCGCGCCGCAGCCGAGCCGUUCCUCAACGGCAGCUCGUCUGUGUACGUCGAGGAGAUGUACCGAGCCUGGACCAAGGACCCAAACUCCGUGCACAAGUCAUGGGAUGCUUUUUUCCGGGCUGCCUCGGCUGGUCUAGGCCCAGGCGAGGCCUACAGCUCCCCCCCUGCCUUGGGCAUGUUGUCAACAGUGGCCGUGCCUCGAGUAGCUCCGGCAACAGUGGUGGCACCUGCACCUUCCAAACUUCCGAGCACACAGGCGGCACCGAGGGACAUCGAUGAUCACCUUUCGGUUCAAGCGAUCAUUCGGUCCUAUCAGGUGAGGGGACACCUGGCUGCGUCUCUCGACCCUCUUGGAAUCGUCAACCCCAGCGCACACUCGCCCCUAAAUCGAGAGCAGCUGCACUCGCCCGAGGUGGUGCUUCGAAAUUACAAGCUAGAGGAGAAGGACAUGGAUCGUCUGUUCAAGCUUCCUGCCACCACAUUCAUUGGGGGCGAGGAGAGCACCCUGCCUCUGCGGGAGAUAUUGCGGCGACUAGAGAACGUCUACUGCACAAGUAUUGGUGUGGAGUACAUGUUCAUCAAUGACCUUGACCAGUGCAACUGGAUCCGGGAGAAGUUUGAGUCGCCUGGUGUCAUGCGGCUUAGCAAGGAGCGCAAGCGCCUGCUUCUGUCACGUGUUGUUCGAUCCACUAAAUUCGAGGAGUUCCUGGCCAAAAAGUGGGUUUCAGAGAAGCGGUUUGGAUUGGAAGGUUGCGAGGUGCUCAUCCCGGCCAUGAAAACCAUCAUUGACCGGUCUAGUGAGCUCGGCAUUGAAAGCAUUGUCAUGGGUAUGCCUCACAGGGGUCGUCUUAAUGUCCUGGCCAAUGUUUGCCGCAAGCCUCUCGAACAGAUUUUCACCCAAUUCAGUGGACUGGAGCCUGCCGAUGAGGGCUCUGGUGAUGUGAAGUACCACCUUGGAAUGAGCCACGAGCGUCUGAACCGAGUGUCAAACCGAAACAUCAAACUUGCUGUCUGUGCCAACCCUUCGCAUCUGGAAGGUGUGGAUCCAGUGGUCCAAGGCAAGACUCGGGCUGAGCAGUUCUACCGCGGUGACACUCAGGGCAAGAAGGUGAUGAGCAUCCUUUUGCAUGGAGAUGCAGCUUUUGCGGGCCAGGGAGUGGUCUACGAGACUUUUCACUUAAGUGAUCUGCCUGACUACUCCACCCAUGGCACAAUCCACAUUGUGGUCAACAACCAGAUUGGCUUCACCACUGAUCCUCGGGUGGCACGUUCUUCUCCCUACUGCACGGAUGUUGCCCGUGUGGUCAAUGCGCCCAUCUUUCAUGUGAAUGCCGAUGAUCCUGAAGCUGUCGUGCACGUGUCAACAGUGGCUGCCGAGUGGCGCAGCCGCUACGGGAAAGAUUGUGUCAUUGACCUGGUGGGCUACCGACGCAAUGGCCACAACGAGGUGGAUGAACCCAUGUUCACACAACCGCUCAUGUACACCAAAAUCCGCAAGCAAGCAACCCUCCUCGACAUUUACUCGCGCAAAUUACUUGACGAAGGCGUUGUCUCUGAGAAGGAGAUUGAGGAGGAGAAGGAGCGGUAUGAAAGUAUCCUGUCAGAGGCUUACAAGAAUGCUGAGAAGGAGGACAAGUCCUACAACCGGGACUGGCUGGAUUCGCCCUGGAGUGGUUUCUUCGGGGAGCGUGAUCCCAUAAAGUGUGACCCAACGGGCGUGCCAGAGGACAUCCUGCAACACAUAGGCAUUGCGUUCAGCUCACCCCCACCGGGCAACUUCAAGAUCCACCCGGGUCUACGACGUAUCCUCAAGGCACGUCUCGAGAUGGUGGAGCAGAAGAUGGCUGACUGGGCCCUUGGCGAAGCCAUGGCCUUUGGCUCCCUGCUCAAGGAGGGCAUCCACGUGCGCCUCAGUGGACAGGAUGUUGAACGGGGAACAUUCAGUCACCGGCAUCACGUGCUGCACCAUCAGACGAUCGACAAGACGACCUACCGACCCCUGUGUCACCUGUGGCCAGACCAGGCGCCUUACACAGUCUGCAACAGCUCUCUAUCGGAGUAUGGUGUACUCGGUUUUGAGCUGGGUUUCUCAAUGACCAACCCCAAUGCACUGGUGAUGUGGGAGGCCCAGUUUGGGGACUUCAUGAACACAGCCCAAUGUAUCAUCGACCAGUUCAUCAGCAGUGGGCAGGCCAAGUGGGUCAGGCAGAGUGGCCUCGUCAUGCUCCUGCCACAUGGCAUGGAGGGCAUGGGUCCCGAGCACUCAAGCGGCAGGCCUGAGCGUUUCCUCCAGCUCUGCAGUGAGGAAUCUGAUGUCUUUCCUACGAUCGAUGAGGACUUUGCCAUGCGUCAGCUCAACGAAAUCAACAUGAUUGUUGCCAACUGCACAACGCCCGCCAACUACUUCCAUGUGUUGCGGAGGCAGAUUGCCUUGCCUUUCAGGAAACCACUCAUCCUUCUGACACCAAAGUCACUUCUCCGGCAUCCAGAGGCCAAAUCACACUUCAGUGAAAUGACUGAAGGUACGUCGUUUCUGCGGCUGAUCCCAGAUAGUGGCCCAGCCAAGGACAAUGCAUCAGCUGUGCGCCGCCUCCUUUUGUGCUCUGGAAAGGUGUACUACGAGCUCACAAAAGAGCGCAGAGCACGCAACCUCGACUCUGAAGUGGCUAUCACACGUGUCGAGCAGCUCUGCCCAUUCCCGUUCGACCUGGUGAAACAGGAGAUUGACCGGUAUCCCAACGCCGAGAUCUCCUGGGUUCAGGAGGAACAUAAGAAUCAAGGCUUCUGGUACUUCGUCCAGCCACGGCUACAGACUGUGGUUGCCCACCAGAAACCCAUCCAGUAUGUGGGCCGCGCUGUCUCACCAUCAACAGCGACAGGCAGCAAGCAUGUGCACAAGAAAGAGUCUGAGAAGCUCCUCAAUGACAGUUUUGCCUGAGCGUAUUGUCUUAUUUGAAAUUGUGGGAGGGGAGGGAGGAGAAGCUUUGUAUUUAAACCCAAGCCAAGAUAAGGAAGUGGACGAUGAAUUGCCAUUGUUUGCCCGCUCCUUUGUAGUCAAGGCCUGCUUCUUGCAUUUCUAGAAAAUUGGCCUUUCACGUUGCCGCAGAUUGCACGGAUGGCACCAGCACAUCUUGGCAGUUACCGGGGUCUUUGCUAGCUCUGCACCACGUGCUGUGAAGUAGAUCUGAUAUAAACAGCUAAGUCUACUGUGCAGCAGGAUGAACUCUUGUGUACUGUUCAGGCAGGUUAUCUUUAUGUGCUUUCAGGCGCUUUAUGGGAGUGUUUGCAGGGUAUGAGAUGAAAACAGCAGUCUGAUUUAAUGUUGUGUUAAUGAUGUUUUGUGCUGUUUUUUUUUUUUCCGUUGUGCACUUAGAGCUCAUUCUUUGUGGUGCUGUCUCUUGUCAUGCAAACUUAUCUCUUUGACAGCAGUGUAAUGUCAUGCCUACAAUGGAGAUUGAAUGGGUCUCCAGUGCGUUAAAAUAGUUACGCACAACUUUUGAAAAAACUAGGCGUUCACAUGCCUCCUACCUGAUGUUGUUGCUGCCUUACAUUGCUGUAUGGAGGUGCUUUUGUUAUGCAGUAAACAUUUUGUUUUUGUUAGGAGCGCAUGAAUAUUUAAAAUUUAGAAUAUAAAUUCAUUACUCCAAGGUGUUUGAUUCAUAUUCGGUUCGAGAAUUUGCAACACGAAGUAAUCUAAUAUUAAUUUCUUUUGAAAAUAUAAGGGAAAAUAACACUUAUGGGCGUUUCAUAGAAGACUGAACAAUGUAUGUGAAGACUGUUCCAAAUGAUUCUUCUCCAAGACUGCGGCGGUUGUUGCACAGUUGCAGCAGUUCCUUAGAAAAUGCACAGGGCACAUAACUACUGCUGUAUAAUAUCCAGUCAUUCUAUAAGAAUGACUCGCUUUUAGGCAUGUAGCCUAUAUACGAAUUACUUCCGAUUUAUUAUUUGACCAGCUCCGCCACGUUUACUAUGUGCAGUGCUGUAGUACCACAUUUCUUAAGCGCAUGCUGUUGUACAUACCUCUGCUUAUGUGUUUCAGUAACGUCAUUGCUAUGUUGUGCCAGAUAAUUUAAAGCAGUUGUUUGUCAUAAACGAAUUUCCCAGUAAUUUGGGUGUGUUAUUGUAAACGAUAUUAUACAUACAUGUGUUUGAGUACAGUGCACUGUUUUGAAAUAUAUUCAGAGUAUCGAUGCAAAGCAUGAGCUUAUAUAAUGUUCAAGUGACUACUUGCCCUUUUUUGCCCUGUCUGAAGGCUGCAUUGCAAGGUCGUCAAGAUGAGACAGAAAGUGCCCACACAAGAGAAAGUAGUUUUCUAGUGCUUGAAGUUCGCACAGCUCUUGCAUUGAAAGUGUAGGCCAGUGAUUAGACUUUUUCUGACCCUGUGUAGUUGAGGGAAGAGAAGUGUGCUGGAAUAGGCAAAAGCGCUCCAAUAACGCAUGUGCAUUACAGUAAAAUCAUUGCUGAAGGAUUUCUAGGUAUUGAUAAAUGUUAAUCUUGUUUUAUAAUUUAAAUGCAUGAGGAAAGAAGUAUGUACCUACACACAACUGUGUUAAACAUUCAAUGCCUGCGUAUGGCAGGCUUUUUAUGUUAAUAACGGCAGUGUUCUUAUAAUCGUGGAAACUUUUGUUUUAUACAGUAUCAGACUGCGACCUGCCCUUUUUAGUCUUGCAUCAAAUGGCAUGCCUAAAUCAAAUGGCUGGAGGCUGUAAGGCAGUAGCAGUUCUUUCUUCUUGGAAACUCAGCCUAAAUCACAGUAAAGGCCAGUGGUGCAGUGGGGUGUUGUCUCUUGAUGAUUUUAGACUUUAAUGAUGUUAUUUGACUGGCAAUUAUCAUUGCACCAGUACCUUGCUGUUUUGUGCUUAAGAACAUGAGCUAUUGCUCUCCUGUUUUUCAACUGCAGCCCUUACAUUUGCACUGAAUUUCCGGCUCAGUGUAGAUUUAAGAAAACACAUGCAGUACUGAAGAACAGUGUAGCUACAUUGAAUGGCUGUGUCUUAAAAGGUGCGGUUUCAUUUGUUUUGAAUGACGUCUUGUCCCACUGUUACUUGAGCAUGUGAUGCACUGUUGACUACAGUUUGUUUUGCCUUUACAUUUUGUCACAAUGCUUGCAUUGUUAUUUAAGCAGUUCAUUCCUGUUCUGUAAUGUCUUUAACCUUGCUUUUGCUUUCUGUUGUAAUAGAAAUCGCAUUUUCUUAUGUCACAGCUUUGUCUCAUCUGUAUUUUAGUAAGUGCACAACUCUUGGAAGAUGCAGCUAAUUUUAUUCAAACUGCUGCUUUUUUCCGUGUUAAAAAUCGUGUGCCUUGUGGCCCCGUUGCCAGGCUCUCAUGCACAUAGACGCAUUUUCGAAACUGGGCAACUUUGUAGUUCUUAGUUGUUGCUUUGAAGUUGAAAGUCAUUGUGUUCCUGCAGUAAAAGUGUUUACCAGCAAGCCUGA